AUGCGAGUCGCAUUACGUCCACCACCAAUCAACGGCUACUUCCCACACCGAACAGACAGCACCCAGUUCGUCUACAAUUACGAACCAUCCCACUGGUGGACUUCUGGGUUCUUCCCUGGAUCCAUUUGGCUACUUUAUGAGCGUUCGAUACGAGUCAAUCUUUCCUUCUCUUCAGAAGAGAUUCUCACACAGGCAUUGAAGUGGCAAAAGGGCAUGGAAAAGGAGCAAUAUAACAAGGAAACGCACGACCUCGGCUUCAUGAUUCUUCCUGCAUUCUAUAGGCAUUACAAACACUUCAACAGCAUCACCAGCAAAGAGGUUAUCAUCAAUGCUGGCACGUCGCUUGCCUCUAGAUGGAGCGAAAAAGUGCAGUGCUUGCGCUCAUGGGACACAUGUCUUACCAAACGGUUCAACUUCGAGAACCCAAACGACGACUUUUUGGUUAUAAUUGACAACAUGAUGAAUCUUGAGCUUCUAUAUAUUUGCGCAGAACUGACAGGAGAUGACGAGUUUCGGAGAAUCGCGACCGCUCAUGCUCACACAACCCUACAAAACCACAUACGGGCAGACAGCUCAACUUACCAUCUUGUCAAUUACAACCCAGAGACAGGCGAAGUAAAGGGUCGUUACACAAUCCAGGGCUACGAUGACCAAAGUUGUUGGAGUCGAGGCCAAGCUUGGGCGUUGUAUGGGUACGCAACUGUCUUCAAGUAUACAAAGGACAAAAAGUUCUUGAAUGCAGCAAGCAACUGCACCAGGUACUUUUGUAGUCGCAUUGGAAACAGCCAUGGCGCUGUGGUCUGGGACUUUGAUGCGCCACGCUCUCCUGUUAUCCUCGACACAUCGGCUGCAACGAUUGCGUGUUCGGGAAUACUACUGCUGUAUCAACUGACCGGCGACGACCAAUAUCUGCCAUGGGUAACACAAAUGAUGAGAUAUUGUCUGUCACAAACAUUGGCCCCCGAUGUGAGCGAUACAGUAUUGAGAGACGCAACCGUAAACAACAACAAAGACGCAAUUGAACAAUCUUUCCAAACAGGGUUGGUAUAUGCAGACUACUAUUUGUUGGAAGCUGGUAAUAGGUUACUUGAAUUGAAUGCAACAUAUUAA